UCUUUCAAGAACCACACAAAGGUGACAAAACAAAAGCCCCAUUCCUUCCCCCGGCCUAAAAUUACCAAGGUUUCGAAAAGGGCCUACUUUGCAUGACAAACACGCGAUUUGGAGAGUGAACAAAUUUGGAUUUAUCUUUGGAACGAAGCGUUUAUCUUUGAUUGCGAGGUUCAAUUCAAAAUUUUCAGCACCAAUUAAACUGAAUUGUAACACCAUUUGAAAUUUGCAACGGGAGAAGAUGUCGAUAGACUUGAUAUUGAAGCCGUCGUGCGGCGGUUGUGGAUCGACGGAUGAGCUAUACGGAAGCACGUGCAAGCACCUGACGCUUUGCGUGAAUUGUGGCAAAUCGAUGGCCGAGAAACGUUUAAAGUGCUACGAGUGCGGCACCCCCAUCACUCGCCUGAUUAGGGAAUACAAUGUGCGUGCUAGUUCCAGCAACGACAAAAACUACUUCAUUGCAAGAUUUGCCUCAGGAUUACCAAGUUUUAAGAAGAAGAAUGAGAAUAAAUGGUCAUUGCAGAAAGAAGGUCUGCAGGGGCGCCAAGUGACUGAUACCUUGAGGGAGAAGUUCAAGAAUAAACCUUGGCUACUGGAAGACGAAACCGGCCAGUUUCAGUACCAUGGUCACCUUGAGGGCACACAGACAGCCACAUAUUAUCUUCUAAUGCUUCAAGGAAAAGAAUUUGUUGCUAUUCCUGCUGGUUCCUGGUACAAUUUUACCAAAGUGGCACAAUAUAAGCAACUCACUUUAGAGGAAGCUGAAGAAAAGAUGAAAAAUAGAAGGAGAACAGCUGAUGGAUACGAGAGAUGGAUGAUGAAAGCAGCACAUAAUGGAGCUGCAGCCUUUGGUGAAGUUGAAAAGUUUGACGAUCGGGAAGUUGCAGGUGGUGGUGGUGGUGGGAAGGGGCGCAAAAAAGCUACAGGGGAUGACGAUGAAGCCAAUGUUUCAGAUAGAGGAGAUGAAGAUGAAGAGGAAGAGGUAGCAAGAAAAAACAGGUUGGGGCUCAACAAGAAAAGCGGGGAUGAUGAUGAAGAAGGUCCACGAGGUGGUGACCUUGAUUUUGAUGAUGAUGAUAUCGAGAAGGGUGAUGAUUGGGAGCAUGAAGAGAUUUUCACUGACGAUGAUGAAGCUGUUGGAAUUGAUCCCGAGGAGCGAGAAGAUUUGGCCCCCGAGAUCCCUGCCCCUCCAGAAAUUAAACAGGAUGAUGAGGAUGAAGAUGAAGCUGAUGAAGAAGAGGGAGAGGGAGGACUGAGUAAAUCUGGAAAAGAGCUGAAGAAGCUGCUUGGACGAGCUAAUGGGUUGGAUGAUUCCGAUGCAGAGGAUGAUGACGACGACGACGAUACGGAAGAUGAUAUAUCUCCAGUGCUAGCCCCAAAGAAGGAAGCUCCGAAAGAAGAGCCAGUUGAUAACAGCAGUCCCCUCAAAGCCACAACUUCUGCAACUGGUCGUGGGACACCAUCUACUUCAAAGUCAUCAAAGGGUAAAAGAAAAAGUAGCGGGGAUGAAACAAAAACACCAAAUGGUGCACCUUUGAAGAAAAUGAAAACAGAAAAUGAAUUAAAACCUGUGAAAGAUGAGAAUGCUUCAUCCUCAAAAAACAUUGCACCUCCUAAAGGUGCAACGCCACCCACAUCAUCAAAAAGUGUGCCAUCAUCACCAACUGUGCCAGUUACUGAAGAUGAAAUUAGGGCUGUUCUACUACGGAAUACAUCUCUGACCAUACAGGAUCUUGUGGCCAAAUUCAAAUCUAGACUGAAGUCGAAAGAGGACAAGAAUGCAUUUGCAGAUAUAUUGAAAAGGAUAUCAAAGAUUCAAAAGACGAAUGGAGCAGCAAACUUUGUAGUUCUGAGAGAUAGAUGAUUUGGUGUAAUGAGACUAGUGUAUCAAACUCCCCUAUCCUCCUACUAUCGAAGCCGAGGAGACUUGAUGGAUUUUAACAGUUAUGCCGCAGAUGUAAUUUUCAGAUGAAUAGGCUAACAGCAGGAGUUUAUGUUGAAUGAACAUCUAGUCUAGUUGUUGAUAUUUAGAGUUCCAUCUACAACUGUGUUAUACUCAGUGUAUGCUAUAAUUCAGUGCACAAGGUUUCUCUUUCCUUUUGUCUGCAAAUUGAAAAACCUUUUUGCCCUUUGGGGACUCGCAUCA